AUGUCAUCAUUUGGUAAUAUAGAACCAUUUGGAUUUGAUAAGCGAUCCAGUCAAAUACCCAAAACAAAACCUCCCAAUUCACAGCAUGAUAUAAAUUCUGGUAAUUUUAAUAGUAAUGGGAAUAAGAAUAAUAAUAUAAACCGUAAACGAAACUUUAAGUCCAAUACAGCACCUAAGAGGAAAGACGGUUCAGAAUUCAAAGGAAAGAAAGAUGACAAUAGAAACAAACCAAAUUCUCGUCAAAGCAGUGGCAGAUUUACAAAGGGUAAUAACUUCAAUCAAAAUCACAAACCUAGAAAUUUAAGUUCUAAUCAACCGAAGAAUAAGGUAAUGAUAACGGAUAAUUCUCGUGAUUCUAAUAAUUUGUUUGUUAACCCAGAGGCAUUAGGGUUCUAUAAGAAACCUGCUGUUAGGGUCAAGAAGCCUGACGCAUAUAAAGGGCAACCCAGGAUUAUCGAACCAAUACCGUUUGUUCAAGACCCUUGGGACAAAGAAAACCAGCAGAAGAUGUUAAUCAUGGAACAAGGAAGUACCGAUAACCAAGGUCUUUAUGAAGACUUCCAGAAGAUGAGAGAAGUAGAAAGGAAGAAGAUGGAAGACUUAGGAUUGGUGGAUGCUGAGAAUACCCGUAAAGAUUUAAACGAUGCCAUAUCAUUCAGGGGAACUUGUUUGGAUAUGUGUCCCACCUUUGAAAGAAUCAGAAGAGCUCUUGAAAAUAAUGUUAAAAAUUUGGAAAAAGAUCCCAAAACAAAUCGAAUUUCAAGAGAAAAGGCUGUCAAAGCAUUUUCAAGACCCGCUGCUGGUCAACCACCUCCUUUACCUUCUGAUGUAAGACCUCCUCAUAUACUUACUGAUACUUUAGAUUAUCUUAUUGACAAAGUUCUUCCCAAAUUGCCCGAAUCUCAUUCAUUUUUAUGGGACAGGACGAGAUCCAUCAGACAAGAUUUUACUUACCAGAACUAUUUCGGUCCUGAAACAAUCGAUUGUAACGAGAAAAUUGUAAGAAUUCAUUUAGUAUCGCUUCAUAUAAUGGCAGGAACUGACCAUGAAUAUUCCCAACAACAAGAAUUGGAACAGUUCAACAAAGCAUUACAAACAUUGCUUGAAAUUUAUGAAGAUGUAAGGAAAAGAGGAGGAGAAUGUCCUAAUGAGGCGGAAUUCAGAAGUUAUUACCUUAUAAGUCAUUUGAGAGAUAGUGAGGUGGAAAGACAAUUAAAGAAUUUACCACAACAUAUUCUUAAAGAUCCAUUGAUUGAGUUAGCAUUGAAGUUCAGAGAAUUGGCUUCUCAAAAUAAUAUUAUUGAAAGAGGUUAUCAAAAUACCGUUGCAUGUGCCAAUUUCUUUGUCAGAUUCUUUGAAUUGGUAUAUUCACCUGAAACUCCGUUCUUGUUAUCAUGUAUAUUAGAAACCAAGUUCAACGAAAUAAGAUUUUAUGCUUUGAAAUCCAUGACAAGAGCUUACCAUACUAAGGACAAACCAUACGAUGGUGAAAGGUUGACCAAAAUGUUGGGAUUUGAUUCCAAGGAUAAGUUGUUCAAGUUUGUUGAAUACUACGAGGUGGAUGUCAUAAACGGUGCUGUUGAUUUGGUAAAUAAGGAGAAAUUGGAAACGAAGUAUAAAUUAUCGUCCUUGACCGAUAAACCGAAGUUGUCACAAAGCUAUUCACCACAAUUGAAUAGUAAAAUCAAUAAACCAUUAGCGGAAUUUAUCAAUUCUGGAAACCCCAAUGUUAUAAGAUUGAACAAAGUUAAAGAAACAAAGCCCGAAGUUGCAACCGAGGCCGUCAAGAUUAUACCACCAAAACCACAAACAGAUGAUGUGAAGGCAGGAUCAUUUGCAGAUUUCUUGUCGAGUUCAAAUGUAAAUUCUCAAGGGGGGUUUGGUUUCAAAGCGACCGAUCAACCAAAAACCAUACCUUCAGCCCAAGGAAAAGGGUUUUCUAUCGAAUCCAUGGUUAACAAGAGUGCAACUGAUGCAUCGAGUGGUGGUUCUACAGGUUUCAACUUUGGAUCCAAACCCGCUACUGAUCUCGCUGAUCAACCUGUUUUCAGCUUUAAUUCACAACCCCAACCCAAAAGUGAAAGUCCAGCUAUUUCAGCUUUGGUUGAAACCAAGAAACCCGAGAUUAAACUCCCACAAAGUCAGGGAUUCAACUUCACUCCUCAAACUGGUAUCAAGGAAUCAACGCCAAAAUUCAAAUUUGAAGCUAAACCUAAAGAAAAACCGCUGGUAGAAGAUAAACAAGUCGUGAUUCCCAAACCUGUAGAGCCUCCAAAGAUUGUUGAACCACCAAAACCUACCAUCAAGAGGUUCGUUGACCAUUCUAAGUUUGAGGCUGCUAAUAAGUUAUUCACAUCUGAACUUAUAUCAUCUUUAAUUGAAAGUGAACUCAAUAGAGAAUUACCUAAAUUAGUUAAGCAUGAGAACGCUCAAAGGGAAAGAAGAAGAAUCAUCACCUCCCUAACAGGAGAAUUGUACCAAGCAUUUUUGAAUGAAAUAACUCACGAGGCUUCAAUGGAAAUUUAUAGUGAGAGCAUCUAUGCUAAAAACCUAAAACGCAAAGCUAUUGGAAAGAUUAAGCUGAAAGCUCAAAAUCUUGUCAGGAAUGCAGAAUUAAAAUCCAAAAAGCGUAAGGAGUUGAAUGAAAUCAAUUUUGGACUCAAAAGAGUUUCUUCUAAUACUUCCAACACUUCCAACACAUCGAUUUCCAUGACCAAAAGGAGAAAAUAUGAUGAUAGUAUUGAUGACAUUGUAAACAAAAGAUCAGAAAUUGAAAAAUUAUGGAAACCUUUGGAUCUUGAUAAGUUUAUCAAAACCUGUUGGCUCUCAUUGAACAAACUUCAACAAGAUAAGAAGUAUUUGGAUAUAAAAUUCUUGGUGGUGGUGGAAAACUGGAAGUUGAAUUAUUCAAAAUGGUUAAACAAUAAGUUGGGAUUGAAAGUGAACCAAACAAAGAGCCUUUACGAGAAUAUUAUAACCACCGAUAAGAUUAAUAUGAAAAUAACAAGUUUACCUGGUAAAGAACAAUUGAAUAAAGAAUUUUUCCAGAACACAGGAUUAGUGAUGUUCGAGUGUGGUUUACUCGAGGUUGGUGAGUUUAAAGAUAUAAAAGCUAAGUUGAAAAGGGAUGGGUUGAUAUUGAAUAAAAUUCUUUCAAUGGUAAGAAAGUAUGGAUAUUACAAAAUUCAAGUUAUGAUAGUAUUUUGGAAUAUAACUGAAGAAAAGAUUUCACAGACUGAAAUGGUACAAUUGUUGGAUUUCGACAAGAAAGAUGUGUUGACACAUUCGAUAAUAUGUGACAUGUCUCAGGACAAUAUUAAUGAUACACUCAUUGAAGGGUUCAAUGAGAUUGCUCACCACUUCAAACAUGAAUUGAGUUUAAGAGGUAAACGGAAGUUCGAAAAGUCCAAAUCACAGGAAAAGAAGAAAAUCAAUGAUGAUCUUAUGCAGAAAGCCGAAACAAAAAUAUUGAAUAAAGCAAGGUUGGAUAAAAAAUAUGCAUAUUUGAAUAAUCAUUCAUUCAACAGGAGUAUGAGCAAUUCAAUGACCACUAUGAAUAGUAGUUUUAACUCAACUAUCCUAGACACGAACAUGUCUAUUCUUGGAAACUUCGGAAAUGGAAUCAUGGAAGAAAGUACGCCAUUUAAUUCGCCGAAAAAGGUCAUCACUACCAGCACCCCACAAAUAGGAGAUUCAACCUUGACCAAUAAUUUCACCAAACCGAAGUUACCUAUUAAAAAACCAGACAAACUCAAAUCUUUAAUUGAACUUACUUCCAGAAUCAAAGAUAAAUAUAAAAAUUAG